GUUUGCCUUUUUCAAGGCAUUUCUCCUUGAUCGCGAUUGCUCGACGAUUGUGGUGGCCAGCUACUUCGAAGAGCUGAGCGAACAGAAGACGAAGGAGAAAUUCGUUGAGCUGCCACUUUGCCUCAUAAAGGAACGCUACGAAAAGCUUCCAGGUGGAAAGGAGCUGAUUGCCGACAUUCUGAAAAGUCAGAAGGGUCGGAAGCACCCUCAAAGCGAUGACGAGCAGAUGAAAAUCUACAAAGUUUUCGAUUCAAUCGAGAGCUCCCGAGCCCUGGUGCAAAUUUAG